UAUUACUUCAGGAAUGGUAUAUUGGUCAUGUCAAAAUGUAUCAGUGUAGGUGUUGUUGAUGAUCAUAAUGAUGCACUCAAUUUCUACUACAAGCUAAUAGCCAGAAAAAAGAUACCGUUUGAUGAUCUAUGUCUGGUACAUUUUGACAGUCAUCCAGAUUUGGCUGCACCUGAAUCUAUCCCCGUUGACCAGUUUACUGAUCGAAAAGAACUCCUUGACAACUUGACAAUAGCAGACUGGAUUCUACCCGCUGUCUACCAGGGACACUUCACCACAGUGGUAUGGAUAAAACCACCCUGGUCUACUCAGAUCCAUGUUGGAGAACAUGAAAUAGAGCUGGGUGUGGAUGAUAAUGGUUUAUUGAGAACGUCUUCUAUAUUACCUUACUAUCUGUCAGACAUGAAUUAUGUUGAAAAUCUCCACCAUACAAGGACGUUUACUCUGCAUGUGAUCGAACUGUCACAUUUGGAUAAGGAGACAUCGAAAGAGUACGAGCUGUUAGCUAAAAUUCUUCACAAUCGACAAUGGUGCUUAGAUUUUGACAUGGAUUUCUACUCUACUCAAAAUCCUUUUUUGGACCUUCUUGGUCCAUAUUUUAAUUUCAUUGACAGCAUCUUCAAAUUUAAGGAUCUUGGUGAUUUCCAAAGAAGUUUGACAUACAGGAAAGCUCAGUUGGAUAGCUUAGAAAAGCUCUGUAGGUCAAAUGAAGUUGAAAAUAAUCUUCCGUUAUCUGAUGAACAAGAGGAAUUUAUGUCUAGUCUUAAACAUAAGUAUCCAGAUUGGGCAGAGUGUAUCAAACAAGCGAAAUUGCUUGCAAAGGAUGACGAAUUCAUUACUGAUCUAUUUUACAUUGGUCAACAAACUGAGCUACCUCACCACCUCUCAAAGAAAUCUGAAAUAAGAACUUUGCUCUGUAAAACGGAAACUUCACUUAAGCUUUUAAAAAGUUCCCCUGUUGCUAUAACUCUAGCUCGGUCUGAAUAUGAUGAAUACUCUACUCAGAAAACAUUGGACUUUGUUCACUGUGAACUAGUCUGCAUGAUGAGGCGAUUGUAUCGUAUACCUUCUGAAAUAGGAUGCCCAAAAUCUUAGUUUUUAAUUUAUUAAGUAAUUUAUUUCCGAACUGUAGCUUUUAUUGAGCAGAUCAGCAAGUUUGUUUAAUGACUUCGAGUUGUUUGAAUAUUAUUUCACUUUGUUGAACUGUUAAUUUUGAUAAAUAUCAUCGUGCUACUAAAAUCAUGAAAGGAUUGUACUUGGAAUUUAAA